AACGAGAACAUCCUGGACCCCGACCGCACCAGUGUCAUCAGCCUCUUCCAGGCUCACCAGAAGGCAGCGCAGACCAUCGCUCAGCGCAUCCAGGAGGAGACGCCGCCCACAGUGCCGCAUGCCACCGCAGUGAUGGACAUCACGGACAUCACCAAGGGGAAGAGCGAGAGUGACGAGGACAAGCAGCACUUCAUCCCCGUGCACCAGGUGGCCACCGACAGUGACUUCCUGCACAGCAUGAUACGGAAGGCGGCGGAGGGGAAGGACAUCAACCACAAGGGCCAAGGGUUCUGGGUGUCCCUGAAGAUGCUCUGGGGCGACCUGAGCCAGGUGCGCAAGGACCACCCGCACCUCGUGGACCGCAGCACCGUGGUGGCCCGCAAGCUGGGCUACCCCGAGGUCAUCAUGCCAGGGGACGUCCGCAACGACAUCUACCUGACGCUGGUGCAGGGAGAGUUUGACAAGGGCAACAAGAAGACGCAGAAGAACGUGGAGGUGACGGUGUGCGUCUGCGACGAGGCCGGCAGCGUGGUGCCGAACGUGAUCUACCACGGGGCGGGGGACAAGCCCGUGAGCGAGUACCGCUCCGUGGUCUACUACCAGCAGCGACACCAGCGCUGGAUGGAGACGGUGAAGGUUGCUGUCCCCAUCGAGGAUGUGCACAGGACCCACCUGCGCUUCACCUUCAGGCACCGCUCCUCCAGCGACUCCAAGGACAAGAGCGAGAAGAUUUUCUCCAUGGCCUUCGUGAAGCUGAUGCGGCCGGACGGCACCACGCUGCGGGACGGGGAGCACGACCUGCUGCUCUACAAGCCCGUUGUGGCACAGGGCAGCACGAGCGCCGUGCCCUGCAGAGCCCUCCGCGCUGCCCCUGAUGCCCUUCCUAGUCCUUCCCGUUUGCCGCUGCCCUCGCUGAACCCGCCAGGCUUGCUCUACGAGGGCAAGGAGACGGCCGAGUUCCAGCAGUUGCUGCAGCGCUUCUUCCUGUGCCUCAACGAGCUGAUGCGGUGCCCGCAGGAGGGCCCCACGCUGCUCUCCCAGCAGCCGGACACCCUCCUUCCCGAGGCUGUGCCCAGGGCUCUGUGGAGCCGCUCGGUGCGGUGGCAGGCACAGUGCGGGGAGCUGCUGCUGCGCACGGCCGUGCCCAUCCUGCAGGAGCUCGUCGAGAGGGGCGAGGAGGAGGACGCCUGCAUCGCGCUGCUCAGCAACAUCCUCGAGGUGCUCUACAAGGCCCACAAGAGCCACUACGUGGCCUGCAUGACGGCCAUGCUCAGCCAGAUGGAUGCAGAGCACUACAGCUCCUACAUCGCAGCCUUCCCCUCCCGGCCCGAGCUCAUGGACUUCCUCAUGGAGACCUUCAUCCUCUUCAAGGACCUCCUCGGCACGUCCGUGUACCCCUCGGACUGGGUGGUGAUGAACAUGGUGCAGAACCGGGAGUUCCUGCGCGCCAUCAACCACUUUGCAGCCACCCUCAGGGAGACCUUCCUGCAGCAGAGCAGCUUUGAGCUGCAGCUUUGGAACAACUACUUCCACCUGGCUGUGGCUUUCCUGACCCAGGACUCCCUGCAGCUGGAGAACUUCUCCCAGGCCAAGCGCACCAGCAUCCUGGCCAAGUACGGGGACAUGCGAGCCACGAUCGGUGCUGCCAUCCGGGACAUGUGGUACAACCUCGGUCACCGCAAGAUCGAGUUCAUCCCCGCCAUGGUGGGCCCCAUCCUGGAGAUGACGCUGGUGCCGGAGCUGGAGCUGCGCAGAUCCACCAUCCCCAUCUUCUUCGACAUGAUGCUCUGCGAGUACCAGCUGACCGAGAGCUUCAGCCGCUUUGAGGACGAGAUCCUGCGCAAGCUGGACAGCGAGGUGGAGGGCGGCCGGGGCGACGAGCAGUACAAGCAGCUCUUCGAGAGCAUGCUCCGGGAGCGGCUCCUCGACUACCGGGCCGUGAUGAACGACGAGAACAAAACCUACAGCAUGAGCUGCACCGUCAACCUCCUGAACUUCUACAAGGAGAUCGACCGCCAGGCCAUGUACAUCAGGUACCUCUACAAGCUCAAGGACCUGCACGUGAGCUACGAGAACUACACCGAGGGAGCUUACACGCUGCUGCUGCAUGCGCGGCUCCUCAAGUGGUCGGAUGAGCCGAACGUGGCCCCCAUGCAGGGCUUGCACAGCCCCAGCUUGCACACCCAGCGGCAGCUGAAGGAGGCUCUCUACAACCAGAUCAUCAGCUACUUCGACCAGGGCAAGAUGUGGGAGGAGGCCAUCCACAUCUGCAAGGAGCUGGCGGAGCAGUACGAGAGCGAGAUCUUCGACUACGAGAUGCUGAGUGACAUCCUGCAGCGGGAAGCCAAGUUCUACGAGAAGAUCCUCAAGGUGCUGCGACCCAGCCCCGACUACUUCGCUGUGGGCUACUACGGACAGGGCUUCCCCACCUUCCUGCGGAAUAAGGUCUUCAUCUACCGGGGCAAGGAGUACGAGCGCCGGGAGGACUUUGAGAUGCGGCUGCUCAGCCCCUUCCCCAACGCUGAGAAGCUGAAGAGCACGUCCCCUCCCGGGCAGGACGUCACCGCCUCGCCGGGGCAGUACAUCCAGUGCUUCACGGUGCAGCCGGUGGAGGAAGCCAAGGUGCGGUUCAAGGACAGGAGCAUCCCGGAGCAGAUCACCAACUUCUACAAGGCCAACCACAUCCAGAGCUUCAGCUACUCACGGCCCUUCCAGAAGGGCCCCAAGGACCCUGACAACGAGUUUGCCGUGAGCGGCGCCAGCCUGGAGCCUAUGAUCCCCCUUGGCAUCACAAACACUCCUCAUUCCUGGGGUCCACCACAGCAGCGGAGUUCUGUGGCCUCCGGGAUCCUGGUUGCUGUUGUAGUGGGAACAAGAAACUCUUACUAG